UAUGGAGAAAUGGAAGUUGAUGACUCGGAAGGUGAAGGAUUGGAUUACUACAUUGAUAAGUGCGCACUGACAAGCUCCUGCGUUCAUUUACCAGAUAAUUCUAAUUCACCAGACCCUCGGCUGUUGUCUUGGGUCAUAUCUCACCAGAAGAAGGACAAAGUUGCCACCGUGGCGCCUUUUGAACUUCUGAAACGAAAUUACGAACGAAUGAAGAGGCGUCGUUCGCUUCCGCUCCCUUCGGGUAGUGGUGAGUCUUGGACAAUUCAUCCGUUAGUGAUAUACCUGAGUGGUGGUCGACGUCUAUCGUCCCAGAUGGCUUGUGUUACGUUGUGGGAAGCUGUAAAAGUACGAACAUUCUAUGAAUGCACCCCAACAGAGAGGAGGGGAGUCGCUUUCUCCGCCCCGAGAUUUCCGAUUGAGGUUGUUGAACGCGACUACGAGGCUCAUGUGAGGCGUCAUUCUGUUUCCCCCUCUCGAAAAAGUUAG